CAACAGCCUAUCUGAGUCGAGAACGUGCAAUGCCUUACAUUCCUUCUUGGGACGAAUUUGUUAGGGCUGCGGAGGAGAUCUACCAAGCUAAUCCUUACAAGGCUCGCUACGUAGUGAAAUAUCGACAUUGUCAAAGCAAACUAGAACUAAAAGUAACUGACGACAUUCAAUGCGUGAAGUAUCGUACAGAUCAAGCUCAAGACAUAAAGCGGCUGGAAAAACUAAAUAACUCACUAAUGAGAAUGAUGGUAUCCAAACCUUCUGAAAUCAAACAAUAGCUAAUAGAAACUCUGUAUUGAUGAAAUCUAUAAUACAUUGUACUCUACAUAGUGAGUUGUAGAGCCCUCUCAAAUUA